AUGGCUGCCCCGAACGCACCGUAUCACGCCUCUGGCUUCGGGCGCAGCUCUCCCUGCGGCAUGGUUGCCUCUCCGCUUAUGUCCGCACGAAAUUGCGUGAGGUGGCUGCGCGCUCCGUCCAAGCACUACAUAACCAAGGUUAUGUUUCUUGCCGCCGUGGCCAGUCCCCGCUACGACCAUCACUCCAAGACAUUUUGGGACAGCAAGGCUUGUGUGUGGCCCUUCGUUCAAGUGUCGCCGGCGUUGCGUGGAAGCAAGAACCGCCCCAAGGGCACCCUCGUCACUGUUCCUCAAGCCGUGGGCAGCACUGUGUAUUUUGACGCCGUUCUGAACAAGGUCGUCCCUGCCAAUAUGGCCAAGUUUCCUGGCGUUUUGCGGCACGGUGCCGUGUUCCUCCAACAAGACAAUGCCAACCCGCACCGUUGCGUUAUGACAGAGCUGCUUCAAACCAAGUGUGUGCGUGAGAUUGUUGUAGCAAACCAGCCUCCCAAUAGUCCAGACUUCAAUGUCUUCGAUUUAGGUUUUCUUAAUUCUAUUCAAAGUAUUCAGCACCAAAAGGCAACCUUUAGAUUAUUGCUGCUGUUGAAAGUGCGCUUUAUGAGUUAA